UUCUGUUGCCAGUGGUAACCAAGGAUCCUCAAAUACUUUCCUCAAAGUUACAUAACACAGGUUUAUCUUUCUUUCUGGUUUAUUUAUGGCCGCUGGAAAUGGAGCUGAAUCAUUGGAAUUCAAUUCUGGAGAAAGUGAAACCGCAUAUACCGACCAUCAACUUUAAUUCUUCAUCGUCUGAGGAUGAAGGGAUUGUCACAAUUUUUCAAAGACCAGCUGGUCUUUCUCUGAAGGUCCCUGAAGACACCCAGGAGGACAGUUUUCCAAUGGAAGAUGCUGAACUGGAGGAGCUGUUGAAACCUUUCGCACAGACAUGCUGGUCAGAAGAGAAUUGCAGCCAGAGUGUGAAGUUGGAUGAUGAAAUUGUAGAAAGCACUACUGCAACUCACUGGGGUACACAGCACUCUGGUACUGCUGCUGAGGCAAGUGCUUGUGAGAAAAAUCAGGUGGAGUUGAACAGAGUCAAGCUGGAUGCAAAAUCAAAUGUGGACAACACUAAAUCUGAUAAGGGUUUUCCUGUUCUCUCAUUUGCGAUGCUUGAUCAGUGGGAUUUGGAUGAUGUCCUCCAAAAUCUCAAAGAUGAGCUGCCUCUGCAACAGGGUGUGUCAGGGGAAGUUGCAAAAAUACAUGCAGAUGGUGACAAGGACAGGUCCCAGAAUAUAAUGGAGAAGCUCGUUGCUUUCUGCAAGAGCCAGUCUGUGUCAGAUCUUGCAAAAAGUCCUAACCACAUUAGACAGAAUAAUGUGUGCAAUAAAUCAUUUGAAAACAUGGCAACAGAGUUGCAGUUGAGCCACCAGGAAUGUCCCACAGUUUAUAUUGACUUGCGCUGCCCUGAUCCUUCAAUAAAACCACCAAGAACAUCCCCAAAGCUUUCAUCAGAUUACAAGUCACCAGCCAAACACAACACUCACCAGGAAAUACCACCUGCAAAGAAACCCAAUCUUAAAGUGCAUAUUGGAUCACGGGCGGGGGACAGGGAAGUGACUGGCAAGAGUAUGUUGCUUCAGAAAAUAAGGGAGAUGAAUGGAAAUGGGAAUAAAUAUCCCAAAGAACCAAAGCAGCAGAGAGACCAACGACAGAGGCAGCAAGUUAAGCAGACAUUACAACAUGAACACCAGCAAAUUCUCAAGGAACUGAAAAUACAUCGUCCGACUAAAUCUGUCAGAGAGAAGCAGCCAGCUGCUGAAAAGACUGAUGUUCUUUAUGAUUUUGAAGCAUCUCAUCUCCAGUCAAUCAGUACACUUCCAGCAGAUAUUGCAAGUAAGGGGUGCAUGCUACUUACUGUCAGCCUCUCCAGUCCUGGUAUGGUUGAAGGCAGAUCUUAUGGAAAAAGAAAAUAUCUGGAUCCUGUAACCAAAGCAAACAUAUACAACACUCUUGUGGCUUGGUUUCUGUCUUUGGUUGGCCCAGACCCUCAUCAUGAUGAAGAUGAAGUUGGUGCAAAGGUCCCGUUCUGGGUUACAGGACUCCAGCAGCUGUGGACUGAGGACGGGCUAGCUUUGCAUGUUUUAGCUGUGGCUCGUUACAGCUAUACACCAAGGAAAAGGGACACAGACAUCCAUGCACCUUUCCAUAAACAUGUCUGCAGAUUCCUCUCCGAGACCCCUCUCGCUUUAAUUGCCCACUGGCUACCUCCGACCUCACCCAUCCACCUGCCUUCUUCUUAUUUAAGUUGUUUUAUCUCUGCCACUUCAAACAAAAAGGUUAUAGAUAGGACAUUUGGUCUCAGUCCAGGGUUUUACUGGCAGACUGUGGAAACUCAGGAGUGUGUUUGUAAGGGGAGAGAGACCGCACAAGAGCUGCACACAGAGGUAUCAUUCACUCUGUGGUGUGCCUUUUCCCUACAUCCCAUCAUAACACACCAUACCCUCCAGCUCGUUCUCAACUCAGGACUCGAUGUGUGUGGUCUGCGGCUCCUUUAUCCACCACAGGGGGUCCUGAGUAACUGUAUUGGUGCUGAACCAGUUAUCCAAAGAGCCGAUGAGACCUGCUGGCCUGUCCUAGCUUUAGCUGUUCGGGGCCCUCGUGCUCACUCAGUGAUGAAGGAUUUAACCAAUUCUUUGCUGCUCAAGAAGACAGAGCCAACUUCUAAAACCCACUGCAGAGGUCAAGGAUCUCCACUCUUGUACUCCCCUCAACUGGCCAGUCAAGUCCACAAGGAGCUGUGCUUGUGGUUUUCAGGACGGCUUCGAGGAGGAAGGACACAGAAUCACAGCCAGCCUAAUAAGGUUGUAUCUUCAGGAGACAGAGCUGGAUGCAACCUGUUCAAUGUUAGAUCAUCUGCCCUUCUGUGUGCUACAACUAAAGGUGACAUGCUCCUUGUGGUGUCACCUAUUGUGCCUCCAUGUUGCUACGUCCAAGUGCUGGCUGUAUGUGAACGUAGAGGCUUCAGUCUGAGGGGGCUGCAGAGGUUGCAGCUACAAAGUAACGGAGCCGCAGUCCUGGGACUCACCAACCAGCAGGCACUUGUGUAUUGCAGUCCACCUAUUGUCCCCCUGGAUCAGGAGGAGCUAGAGUUGCCUUCUCACUCUCUGGUGUUGAUACUGAGGAAAGAAAAUGCGUUGUGUCACAGUGUUACUCUGCCAGCAGCCCUGAUGAGAGAAUUUGAGGCACAACAGCUUCUGGGUUGCAUCCGCUCCAGACGUAAUGAUGAUCAGGCAGUAGAGCCAAGCUUGUGUUUCCACACUGUGCCUUACAACAGCAACCUGUUCCAUAUAUUUGUUAGGUGUAUGUGGGCAGUGCCAAAUCCUUCCGAUGUGAUCCUGUCACGGCAAAAGUGUCCAUUCAAGUCUGACAUGGAGCAGGUGGUGAUUUUGACACUGUGUGGAAAGGACAUGAGCCAAGGCCUGAGCCUCCUACACAGAGUGCUGACAGAAAGGCCACAAGGUGAUGUGCGAUAUUCACCAUUUGAGCUGCUUGGCCUGAAGUGGCUGCCCGUGUUGACUCGACUUCAGGCCCAGGGGCUGAGUCCUUAUGAGGUGGGAGAGCAGCUGUACCAUGGCAGUCUGGACCGUCUGAUGUCAUCUCCUGCUCUAUUGUGUGCUCUUAGAAGACCGGAUGCUUUUGCUUCACUGCAGAAGCUCCUACCACACGAUUAUCCUGGUGACCUGAGCGUCCUGAUGUCACCCACACCUGAAGUGGCUUUCAGACAAGCCUCCCUCUUCUUCUUUGACCAUGAGAUGAUUCCUGAUCCACAGAUGCUGCUCACUGUGUUCCUCUUCAAACCAAGCGUCUGGAAUCACACUCUGGCUACGAUACUCUGCAAACUCCAGCAGAGUGGUCUCACGUUGGUGGGCUUGCGAGUAGUGACCCUGGACAAAAGUGAUGCUAACUCACUACUGUCUGCGGAAAAUGACCCCUCAGACUUGGAGGCCCGUGUGCAGUUCCUGUGCUCUGGCUCAUCGCUGGCUCUCUGCUUCAAGGGGGAAAAUGCUGUGCAGAGGCUUCUGGACAUGCUGGGCCAGGAGGACUCAUCCCUGUGGACAGCCUGCUAUGGAUCGCGAACAUAUCAGAGAGCGAUUCAGGAUGUCAAGAGGUUUUUCCCAGGGGGGCUCUGCUGUGCUGAAACCAGCAUAAUGAGACAAGAGCAGAUAUUUAGCCUGUGUUCAGACUCUUUAGCUUCUGUAGUGCGUGAGCAAAGCUGCACAUUGGCCCCUGCAGCCAAAGAAGGUCUGUCACCUCUGAUGGCGCCAGGACCAAGUGGAGUACCAGGGACCCUGAUACACAUCGCUCUCUGGCAAACAACCUGUCUGCUGCUACCCUUAAAAGUGCCAUCUCAGCUGGACAUGCUGGAGCAGCUGCUGAGGUCAGGCUGCCAUCUGGUGGCAGGGAGGUUGACCAUACUGGAUAAUGAGCAGAGGCAACACAUCGCCAGGAUACUGUUAUCAAGUGGAAAUGAGAGGAUGACUCAUCUUCACUCGGCCCCCUGCCUCAUCAUCGCUCUUCAAUGGGAAAAGGUUGUGACCCGCUUUGACUUGAUCCUCCAGAGCAUUUACAAGGAGAGGUCAGACCUACAGAAAGUGGGGGAAACGAUGAUCUACCCAGAAAGUGAGAAAGAGGCCGAGCAGCUGAUAUGCUACCUGUUCGAUGCCUUGUCUCCUGAGAGCUGGUAUACCAUUGUACCAUGAAGUUAAAAUGUGUGAAGACGUACAUACACAUUUUACAAACAUUAAGCAACAUCUGUUGCAUUUUUAUACUGAAAAAAUGUAAUUCAUAAUUCCAAAUACAUGUUUUAGAUAAUAUAAAUAUCUUUUUCAA